UUUUUUCCUCCCUGCUUUUUUGUAACCAAAGCUGGGAUGUGUAGGACGUCACAUGUUGUUUUUCCUCUUCAGUUCAGUCACUUAGCGAUAUGUGUUAUUUACUGGUUAACUGCUACGCACGCCGUAUGCGGUGGUCAGAGCUUGGAAUGAGAUAGAAGCGAGAACUGCAGACGAGUUUCUCCUCCAUUUGAGGUUCAAGGGGAGAGAGAACAUACAAGUUAAGCGAAAAAGUGAGUUUUCAGUACGCGAGAAUGGCGAGUCCGCCGCAAACUGGAGGACAUUUACUUUCCAACGUAAAUAACAACAACAUUAAGAAGUGUGGAUAUCUGAAGAAACAGAAACAUGGACACAAGAGAUUCUUCGUGUUAAAGGAGCAGAGCGACGGCUUCCCUGCCCGGCUGGAAUAUUACGAGAGCGAAAAGAAAUGGAAAAACAAAUCGGCAGCUAAGAGGGUCAUACCCCUGGAUUCCUGCUUGAACAUCAAUAAGAGAGCAGACGCCAAACACAAACACCUCAUCGCCCUUUAUACCAAGGACGAGUAUUUUGCCGUGGCCGCAGAAAAUGAGCAGGAGCAGGAAAAUUGGUAUCAAGUCUUAACGGAUUUAAUGAAUGAGGGGAGAGUGUAUGACGGAUCGUGUAAUUCCGCCUCAUCGCUGGUGGGUUUUGACGAGGCAAGCUACGGUAUGAUUACGCCGGUAAACGCCGCUUACAAGGAGGUUUGGCAAGUAAAUUUGAAAUCGAAAGGACUGGGUCAAACUCGGAAUUUAACGGGAGUAUACAGACUUUGUUUAUCAAGCCGGAGCAUUAGCUUCGUCAAACUGAACUCGGAGGUGGCGUCCGUCAGUUUACAGCUGAUGAACAUUCGGAGAUGUGGCCACUCCGACAGCUUUUUCUUUAUCGAAGUGGGCAGGUCCGCGUCCACUGGUCCUGGUGAACUCUGGAUGCAGGCGGACGAUUCCGUGGUGGCUCAGAAUAUACACGAAACUAUUUUGGAGGCAAUGAAAGCGAUGAAAGAACUGUCAGAAUUUCGACCGCGCAGCAAGAGCCAGUCCUCAGGUACAAACCCCAUCUCCGUACCAAGCAGGCGGCAUUUGAACAACCUCCCGCCGAGUCGGACGGGGCUGCUGCGUCGCUCUCGGACAGACAGCAUAGCCGCCACGUCUCCUGUCACCAAAUUUUCUUCGUGUCGGAUAAGAACGGCCAGUGAGGGCGACGGAACUAUGGCACGCCCAAUGUCAGUGACCGGCAGUCCCAUCAGUCCCAGCGUGAACCGUACUCAGCUAAGCAGGUCCAACACAGUGACAGCUCGCCCUUGUCGGACAUUUGAAUCCCCCUCCCUGCAGCAUAGCAAAUCCAUGUCCAUGCCCGUGUCUCACUCCCCACCCUCGGCCACGAGCCCUGUCAGCCUGUCGUCCAGUUCUGGGAACGGCUCCAACCUGGAGAGUGCUCCCCGCCCAUCAAGCUGCAGCGCGUCUGUCUCGGGGUCGCCUAGCGACGCCGGCUUCAUUUCCUGCGACGACUGCGCCUACAGCCCCGGGGAUGGAGCGCGGGGCUACCUAUUGGCCUCCAACCGCAGCAACACCCCAGAGUCUUUCACAGACACGCCGCCCUCGCAGGAGGGCAGCGACCUGCAUGGGUACAUGGUCAUGGAGCGCCGGCAGACGGGGCUCACUCCCUUCUCCCACGCGAACCAGCGGAUGUCCCAAGACGGCUUGCUCCUGGACCUGGAGAAGGCCUACCGGAAGAGGACCCACUCCCUUACCAUGCCUCACCAGAAGAGGGCACCAGCACAGGUCUCCUCAGCCUCGUUGGAUGAGUACACUCUCAUGAGGGCCACCUACACCACCACCUCCAACAACAGCAACUGUCUGAACGGGAGCCACUUCUCCUCCGGCCGCAGCUCGCACACCGCCUCCCCAAAGGUCACGUACCCGGAGGACUACGGCGACAUUGAAAUCGGAUCUCUGCUGAAGAGCCCCAGCGGGCCCCACCUGGCCAGCGAAGACGGCUACAUGCCCAUGACUCCUGGUGCGGCGCCCCCGGGAGGCAAGGAUGACCCCUACAUGCCCAUGAGCCCCAUGUGUGUAUCGGCCCCCAAGCAGAUCAUUAACCCCCGGGGCCACCACGUGCUCCCGGCUUCCGGCUCUGGUGGCGGCUUCCGGACCAACUCCCCCAGCAGCAGCUGCUCCCUGGAGGACAGCGGCUACAUGAAGAUGCUCUGCGGCUCCAGGCUGUCCAUGGAGAGCUCAGACAGCAGGCUGGGCAACGGCGAGUACCUCAACAUGUCCCCCGUGGACCCAUCCUCCUGCACGGUGUCCCUAACCCCUCCCGAUUAUUUCCUGGCCUCCCUGGGCCCUGCCGAGAGACACCAGCUGCAGCAGCAGCAGCAGCACCCUUUCUCCCACGCUAUGCAGCGGGUGCCUUAUUCCUUCAACUCCCUGCCUCGUUCCUACAAGCAGCAGCAACAACAACAACAACAACAACAACAACAACAACAGCAGCAGCAGCAACAGCAGCAGAACGGGAACAGUGACCAGUAUGUGCUGAUGAGUCCGCAGACGCAGAGGAUCAUGGAGGAGGCGGCCGACGGCGGCCGCUGCUCUCCCCAGCGGCAGCCCGAGGCGACGGCGGUUAGCCUCCUCCCCUCCUCCCCCUCCGGCCCCUCUCCGGUCAGGCAGGGUCUCGUGCACCGGGGCCGUCUGAACCGGCCCUCGCGCCUCUCCCUGGACACGCUGCCCACGCUGCCCAGCAUGACCGAGCACCCGGGGCCCAUGGAGCCCAAGAGUCCCGGCGAGUACGUCAACAUUGACUUUGGCGCUCAGCAUGUCUUCACUCCCCCCUCGUCUUCGUCGCCCCAGCCCUGCAAGGUGCCCUCCUCUUCCUCCUCCUCCUCCUCUUCGUCAUCGUCUUCGUCGUCAGGCGGGAGCCCCUUGACCUCGUCGCUGGGCUUCCCGAACAGCCAGAGGGGAUCCCCGGUCCUAUCGGACUACAUGAAUGUGGACAUAAUCUCAUGCUCUCCGAAAAGGGACCUGGUCACCUCUGCCCUGGACCCACUGGACUUGCUCCCGGAGCUGUGCCCAUGCGAGGAGAAGGACGAGGGCACCGAUGAGGAGGAGAGGGAGGGGGUGUACUCUCUGGCGCCGCCUGUCGUGCCCGUCUGCCCAUCGGUGAACGUGAAGGACGACUACACGGAGAUGACGUUCGGAGGGGCCGGCUCCCCUGCCCAGUCCAGUUGCAGCCUGCAGUCGGGCGGCGAUGCCACUCAGCUCACCACCAGUCCCACCGUGCGUGUGCAGAGGCUGACGCUGGCCGAUGCUGCCGCCGCAGCCGCCGCUGUUGUCGGCACCGGCGGCUGUGGGGGGAUCGAGGCUUUCCUCCUGCCCGGCGGCUCUCCGCCCGUGGUCGUUUCGGACCCUGACCGGGGCGCCAAGGUGAUCCGGGCGGACCCCCAGGGCCGCCGGCGCCACAGCUCGGAGACCUUCUCCUCCACCACCACCGUAACGCCCGUCUUCCCCUCCUUCGCCCACCCCGCCCGGCGCCACGCCAGCGCCUCGGUGGAGAGCGUGCCGGCGACGGUGCGCAACAGCGAGAGCGCCGAAGAGGGGCCCUCGUACUCGGCCAACAGCCCCAUGUGCCGCCAGACGUCGGCGGGCUUCCAGAACGGACUUAACUACAUCGCCUUAAACCUAAUGGACGAGGGUCUGCCCGGGUGUGACGCUCUGGUGCGCUUCAAGGCUACCAGCUGCUGCAAAGGAGGCAUCAAUGGAAUACAUGCCAGUCCCUAUGCCAGCCUUGGCUUCAAGGAAACAGCCACAGCUGUGAAAGAUUGACCGGUGUAGGAGGAGUCCCCCCCCCCAGACAGAUGUAUUCCCCAAGCCUCUGCUCCGGGCCACCCAUCUCUGACCUUCCAGGAGCCUUUGGGGCUGCAGUUGUCACGGCAACAUGGACAAUUGACUCCCUCCCCAAAGAGGACCCAACACCCCACUCAACGCCCCUCUUGCUCCAGAAAAGGAGCUCCCCCCACCCUCUCCAAACCAAUCAUCUGUCCAAUGGAUCUCCAAUGAUCAGGAACUCUUGCUGCUUUUCAAAUGAGAUUUUGGACUCACAAGUAUAACGAAACAAAAAAACCUAGUGAGGUACACAAUGGUAUAUCCAUAUUGACUUAUGAUUUAUUCCUAAUGAAUAGGGUUGAUUUUAAAAACAUAAUUAUUAUUCCUAAAUUAUAUUCCUUUUUUCACUGGUUUUCAUUGCGCAUUUUGACUGUGAAUCUAGGUUGCAAUGAAAGCAUACAUACAUACACAUACAACCAUAAACACACACACACACACACACACACACAAACACACACACACACCAUGCAAACAGAUGCACAAACACACACAUACACACACACACCCUGUCUCUUAGCACACGGCAUGUAUUUAUUUAUUUAUAUGUGUGCAAUUACACGCGUGUGUAUGUGUGUGGAUUUACACGCAUGUGUGGUCACAGCACUGCAACUGAGGUGACAUUUCAGAUACAUCUGUCUAUCUGUCUGUCUAUCUGUCUAUCUAUCUGUCUAUCUAUCUAUCUAUCUAUCUAUCUAUCUAUCUAUUUAAUAUAAUAAUACCCCCAACAAAUUCAGUAAGCAGUUGCUUGAAAACCCUACCUCAGAGUGAGCCAGGUUAUAACUCGUAUAUGAGAAAAAAGAGUAUAUAUUGGAAAAAUAUAACUAAUUUAUUUUCAGAGGUGAAUGUUUCUUUUAGGUUUCUUUCUUUUUUCCUAAAACACCAAUCCAAAGCCUUAUCAACUCUUCUGUAAAAUAGUGUUUGUUUGUUUUUUCUCUUGAAGAUGUUUCUUAUGGACCUAGACAAACACAUACACAUACUUGCAAAGAUAUGCCAUUUGUCAUAGAAACGGAAUGUCACGUACCUAUAGUUGAACCCAGCACCUCCAGAUAUAUUUCUACAUAUAGCAAAAGUGGACUUCGGCUGUGAUCAAAGAUUUCUUAUAUAACUAUAAUUAUUGUUAUUGUAAUUUAAAAAAAAUACACAAGAUAUUUAUAUGAUUUUUUUAAAGUAUAGUAAUAUUUAUCACCACUCUCAAAGGUCACGAAAGGAAUAUAGGUAGCGCUUGGCUCAUCGGUUUACUCAUGCCGAGGAAGCAGCUGUAGAGAAGGUGUCAACACUCAGAGAAAAACAUCAGCUCUUUCCAGUUUGCUUUAGCAACUGACCUGUGUGUACACCUUCACCAGGGCCAGUCUGCAGCAGCCUGCCUAUAGGCACAUCUGGACACUUUAGACUGUAACCUUAUAACCUUGAUCUGCAAAAAUGCACCCACCUGUCCAAACCCAACCCUCUGGUGAUUUCUACCCAUGAUUCCUCAUCUUCUGGAGACCCUCCAGGCCUCGAGGCGGCGUCUGCCCCCAACACCCGCGGUGGUCAAGACGCUGAAUGAUGAUGGGUAGAAACUCACUCUUUCAUUCUCUGUCACUAUCUCACACACAAACACAAACACACACAUAAACCCUCACACAGACUUCAGGGAUUCUUUUUUUCUGAGGCUUGAAAAACACCACUGCUGCUCCCCCUCUGACAAGAUGUCUUGAAAAACAGGGACUGACUCAUCUGAAAACAAACAAAAAUACACACACAGAAAAAAAAAAAAAAACAAUGCUUGGUCUUGCACUUACAAACUCCGUAGAUUGUAAAACACAAGACAGAUUUGAAUGUAGAGCUUUUCUGCCAGCUCCACCAGAGACAAAUGGACAAAACGUGAUGAACACAAAGACAAAAACAGAACAGACAUGAAACAAAACUAAAUAGACAAAACCCACUGAAACAUCAUCAACAAAUAUUUUUUAACAAUUCUUCAAAAUGACAACGCUUCUGACACACCAGUUUGUGUUUUUCAUGUAACGUUUGCCUAAAACUUGUAUAUAUUGUACAGUACAGAGAAUGCAACUGAAAAGUUGUCACGAUUUUUUGAGUGUUUUAAGUUAAAAGAUAAUAACUUAUGUCUUUUUUGUAUAUAAAUGUUUGAAUGAAUGAAUGAAUUCCCCUCAAACAACUAAAGCACUAAUGAAGGUACUCACCAGACCCUAAUUUGGUUUGGUAUGGUAUGUUUUUUUAGCUUUGUACGAUAAAUGCCACUAUGAAAAAUAUUUUAUAAUGCUGUAACAUUGAAAAAAGGAGGUACAUUUUCACGUAUUAAUACGAUGAACACGUAAAUCUUGCUACAUAGGUGUAGUCCACCAAUGGCGUAUGCAAUAUUUACACUUUUUUAAAAAAGAUUAGUUUACAGUAAAAAAAAAAACAAAUGUCUAAAGAAAUGUGUGUUAACCUGUUGAAGCCUAAACUUUUUUUUUUUUGUUUUGCCGUGCACAUUUUUUCUGCCAACUUUGAGAGAGAAAAGUGUAUUUUGUGUUCUUUUUUGCUAUUGGAUUCUAACAGUGAUUUUAUCAGUGUUUUCAUUCUGAUUCUGUACGUAAUAUUUUUUUUCAGUAUCAUAACGGUUGAAUACUUUUUGAGGCCUGACUGAUCAUGCUGUGUCUUCCAUUGUACAUAUGUCAUAUUACUUUUGCAUUGUGAAGCUACUAAGGAUAAUUUAAAACCCUGCCCUAGUGUAAGUAGUCCUGCUUUAGAUCUGUAUUGAUUCUGAAUUAGUCACAUGCAAUAAAAAGUAACAUUAUUUAAGAAA